UAUAUGGAUUUCAACCAGUGAAGCCCCAGAGUAGCAGAUUAAAAAACAGCAUAGCUUGCCCCUUACAAAGUGCCUUUGUAAGAAGAGGAUGGGAUUGAUUUCCAGCUGGUUGCCUUUUUCACUCCUAACUAAACAUACACCUUUUAAAAAUAUCUCAAGCCCUCUGCUGAGUAGGCAGCAGAUAACAGUUUAGAUGCCGAGCAGAGUUGCUGCAGCAGCAACAAGCCUGUGAGUCAGAGAUCUGGGAGAGGCAAGUGUAAAGGUACUGGCUAACUUGUCCUACAGCUGCAGCUACAGAACACUGAAGUGGAUCCUCAGCCAGAAGAUCGCCGGCAGUGAAAGAUGGAUCUUUUGGGAGUCCUGUGGCUCCUGAUGCACUGCAGAGGCUCAGCUGCUGCCUCAGGUUCCUUUUGGCACAUCACAGACCUUCAUCUGGACCCGCAGUACAAAGUAUCCUCAGACCCCUUGAAGGUGUGCCCAUCUGCUGGCACUCAACCAGUGCCCAACGCAGGGGCUUGGGGAGAUUACUUGUGCGAUGCUCCCUGGAUUCUUGUCAACUCUUCUGUUUAUGCCAUGAAGAAGAUUCUCCCUAACCCAGACUUCAUUCUCUGGACAGGAGACGACACUCCUCACGUACCUGAUGAGAAACUGGGUGAAGACACUGUGUUGGAGAUAAUUGGAAAGCUAACUAACCUGAUCAAACAAGUCUUUCCAGAAACUCAGGUGUAUCCUGCGAUGGGCAACCAUGAUUUCCACCCCAAAAACCAGCUUCCAGCCGAGGAGAACCGGAUCUAUAAUGCAACUGCAGACUUGUGGCACCCUUGGCUCAGUGAUCACUCUGUGCAGAUGUUCCGAACAGGGGCUUUCUACAGUCAGAUGCUGUCUGGUCCUGGCCCAGCAAGGCGAAUGAUUGUCCUCAACACAAACCUGUACUAUGAAAAUAAUAAUCAAACCAUCAGCCUGGAAGAUCCAGGAGGCCAGUUCCAUUGGCUGGAAGAUAUGCUGACCAAGGCAUCAGAUGCAGGGGAAAAGGUCUAUAUUAUUGGGCAUGUCCCUCCUGGCUUCUUUGAAAAGAAACGAGGCAAGCCCUGGUUCCGAGAACAUUUUAACCGAAGAUAUACAGAAAUCAUUCAGAAGCAUCAUGGAGUGAUUGUGGCACAGUUCUUUGGGCAUCAUCACACUGAUAGUUUUAGAAUGUUUUACAGUAACACAGGUUCCCCCAUCAGUGUCAUGUUUUUAGCACCAGCAGUAACACCCUGGAAGACAACUUUACCAGGUGUGCACAAUGGAGCCAACAACCCUGGCAUACGGGUCUUUACGUAUGACCGUGACACCCUGCGAGUGAAGGAUAUGGUAACUUAUUAUUUAAACCUCACCCACGCUAACAUGGGGACCCCUGAAUGGGAGAAAGAAUACAGCCUGACUGAAGCUUUCCAGAUCACAGACGGUUCCGUCAGCUCCAUGCAGCUGCUGCUGGAGAAGAUUGGGAAGGACCAAGGUCACCUCCAGCAGUACUACCGCUAUAACUCGGUUCAAUAUGACCUUGCAGACUGUGAUGGCAGCUGCCAGACUGACCACAUCUGUGCCAUCAGGGAAGUUGAUUUUGCAAAAUAUAGCCAGUGUAUUCAAGCCGGAAGUGCUGCAGAAGCACCCUUAACUCCAGUGCUGGGCCUUCUGUUGUUUUGCUCCAUGAUGGGACUCUAGGCCUAUAGGGAGCAUUGAAUAGACUGGGAUAUGAGCAAAGGUGUGUGGCUUCUACACAAGCACAGAAAAAGCACAAGAGUUGGCCACUGCCCCGGAUAUCAGCAUCCUGAGAUCAGCUUUCCUGGCCUUUUCUUUUCUUUCUUUUCUUUUCACAAACCUAGGUUGGAAGGUAUGCAUAGAAAUGGGUGCCAAAUGCAUGUCAUUCUCCUGAGUUAUUGAACCAUUUGAGAACAGGUUGAUGACAACAUCAUUUCAGUGUCUCUAGGAUUGUUUUAUCAGAGCAAGAUACAAAGCUGUUGAUAAAUUUGCCAGUGCAUUACUUGUCUUAGCGUAUCUUUUCCUUGCUCCAAAGGGAUCUCUCCAGUCUGGGUGAAUUGGCAAUAAAAUGGCAAAUGCAAUUCAAUGCAAGCAAGUGUAAAAUGAUGCACAUUGGAGGAAAAAUCCUAAUUUCACAUAUAUGCAAAUAGGAUCUGAACUGGCAGUGACUGACCAGGAACGAGACCUUGGGGGCCUAGUGGAUAGCCCAAAGAAGAUGUUCACCCAAUGUGCAGCAGGUGUGAAAAAAGUGAAUUCCAUGCAAGGGAUUGUUAGGAAAGGGACUGAAAAAACCCUGCCAAUAUCGUACCGCCAUUACCCAAAUCUAUGGUGUGACUGCAUUUGGAGUACUGUGUAAAGUUCUGGUCACGUGACCUCAGAAAGGAUAUUGUAGAGAUGGAAAAUAUUCAGAAAAGCGCAAUCAAAAUCAUCAAGGGGAUGGAGCAAUUCCUUUAUGAUGAAGAACGGCUGCAACAUUUGGGACUUUUUUUAGAGAAAAUAUGAGUAAAAAAGGACAUGAGAGAGCUAUAUCAAACUAAGCAUGGAAUGGGAAAAGUGGAUAGAGAUUUUUCUUCCUCUCUAAUACUAGAAUUCAGACUCAUCCAAUGAUGCUGCAUGUUGACUGAUGGAUAUGUUUGACGUCACUUGGAAUACUGUGUACAGUUCUGGUUGCCUCACCUCAAAAUAGGAUAUUGUAGACCUGGAAAAGGUUCAGAACAGGGCAACCAAAAUGAUUAAGGGGAUGGAGCGACUCUCCUGUGAGGAAAAGUUGCAGCAUUUGGGGCUUUUUAAUUUAGAGAAAAGGCGAGUAAGAAGUGAUAUGAUAGAAGUGUAUAAAAUUGUGCACGGGAUGGAGCAAGUGGAUCGAGAAAAGUUUUUCUUCCUCUCUCAUAAUGCUGCAGCUUGUGGACAUCCAAUGAAGCUGAGUGUUGGAAGAUUCAGGACAGACAAAAGAAAGUACUUCUUCACACGGUGCAUAGUUACAGGUAAACUAUGGAAUUUGCUCUCACAAGAGGCAGUGAUGGCCACCAACUUGGAUGGCUUGAAAAGAGGAUUCGACAAAUUCAUGCAGGAUAAGGCUAUUAAUAGCUACUAGCCAUGAUGGCUAUGCUCUGUCUCCAUAGUUGGAGGUGAUAUGCUUGCAAAUACCAGUUGCUGGAAACCGCAAGAGGGAAAAGUGCUCUUGUACUCAGGUCCUCCUUGUGGGCUUCCAUAGGGCAACUGGUUGGCCAUUGUGAGAACAGGAUUCUGGACUAGAUGGGCCAUUGGUCUGAUCCAGCACAGCUCUUCUUAUGUUCUCCCUCCAGGAUGCCUCUGAAUGCCAGUUGCCGGGAAUCACAAAUGGGGAAAACACUUUUGUGUUUAGGUCCUGCUUGCAGGCUUCCCAUAGGCAACUAGCUGGCCACUGUGAAAACAGAAUGCUGGAUUAGAUGAUCCAGUAGGGCUCUUAAGAGCACGUGUGUGGGAUCUUCCAGGGGAAAGAGCAACAUGACUCAACAUCAAACUUUACCUACCAGUUCUGUUAAAAGAAGGGGACCGUGGUUGAAAGAUACGUAAUAAGUGUGGAAGAGAAGGAAGUGGGCAGAGGGGUGAGUCUGUGAAGUGAGAAGGGUUGACUGUGUUUGGUAGAAGUAAACAAAUGGUGAAGAUACAUUUGUCAGAGCUGAUGACCUUCAGGGCCUGGGUACCGUUUGUUUCCUUUUCUUAUCCCAUGCCUGCAAGGCCAUAAUAUAGAUAAGGUGAGAGUUACAUGUUGUUGUUACUCAGAUUUGUUUCUCAGCAGAGAACAGGGAGAGGGGAAAAGAUAGUAGAAACAGACAUGACUUUUGUGUCUCACACACACUGUGUUCCAUUUCAUUUUAUUGUGAUAGAUUGAGUCACCUGUUGAAACACAUUGUAUGCUUAAAGCACAUGAGUUCCCCAAAGAAUCCUGAGAACUGAAAGGUGCUGGGAAAUUUAGCUCUCUGAAUGUAAGCUAUAGGAUUGUUUGGGGGGAGUCAUGUGCUUUAAAGGCAUGUUGCAUAUGCAGUCCAGAUCCUGUUAGUUGUUUCCCCAAAGGGAAUAGUUUCUUCCCCAUCCCAGAACUCAGAAAAGGGUUAGAAGAGAGGGUUUAGCUGCACCCUCAAGCCUCCUUUUCUUUUUUCCUGUGCCUUAGCCAAGCUUUGGCAGUGUCUGCCUGCCUGCCUGCCCGCCCAACAGAUCUCUAUCUGUUCUCCUUCCAUCUUCAAAAAGACAUCAUGAGAUAACAAGACCUCCUAGGGAUUCCCAGCUGAGGAAGCGCAUGGCCUUUCAAAUUCCCCUGCCUCUAUAUUGGUUUGAGCUCCAGUGACUAUCUGACAGCUCCCCUCACUUUGCAGCAUUUUUUCCACCUAAUAACAAACCGUAAAGAAAAGGAAAGGAAAAAUCUUACAGAAAGGCCAAUCACUAUUUUUUAAAAUUUUAACAAAACCUGUGAAAACAGAGGAGUCCAGCCCAAACCUUUAUUCUGUCUUUUCAAUGGAGUUCCACCUGUGGAUGUUACUCAGAACACGCUGCAACACUUUGUUGUGGUCUACUCAGAAGUAAGGCCCACUGCAUUCAGUGGGACCUACUCCCAGGGAAGUGUGUAUAGGACUGCAGAUUUAGGGGUUUGAAGGUAAGAACCAGCUCUUUGGCUUGAAACAAAUUGGAGUCCAAGCUGACAACCACUUAAUAUUGGUGUUAUAAGGCCUGAAGCUCUUAACAGAAUUUGAGCUGUCGUGUCCUGUACUAUCAUUUGACACUUCUGAAUACUUUUAAAAAAAUAAACUUUAUUAUUUUAUACAAUCAAUACACAUUCUAGAUAUCAAAA